AUGUCAGGUAAUGUGCACAAGUACAACGACUAUUUGAAGAAGCUCGGGAAUCGUCUACCUACUGAGCGUUUCAAGGUCGAUUUCGUCUUCCGCCAACAGACGGGUGAUACAAGCAGACAUCUUUUUGACGACUUCGAUGGCACACGCGAUGAGAUCAACAAAGUGCGGGCUGGCGAUCACGGCAAUCAUCUUGUCGAUGCUGCCAAGGCAUCGAACGUGAACAACAUCGUAGUGAAAGAUUUCGGUACAAGCAAGGCGACUAGCGAGAAAAUGGAGGCAGUAGAUUGGGCGAAGACAGCAAACAAUGCCAGGGCCAAAGGAGAUAAUGACGUCACCGCCCGUAUCAGAGCAUUCGCAAACAACUUCUAUCAUGCCGCCGGCAAGGAGGCCGCGAGCGCAAGACAACAUUUGCAAGUCUUUAGAUCAUGCAAGUACAUGGAGGAUCGAGCAAAGAAAUGUGGAAGGAGGACUUGA